AUGGCAGCUUAUAGUGCUGUAAUUUCUCUUCUUCAAACACUUGAUCGACGAAAUCCAGAACUCUUUCAUGGUCAAACUGCUGAAAUGCUCGAUUUUCUUCGUGCUACUGCUGAAAAUUUUCGAAAAGUUCUUGAAGAAAUGUUAACGUGCGGGGACUUGAUGAUUGACUUGGAGAUAAUAGUUGAAAGACUGAGAGGACGACAAUCGGAUCAAAACAUAGUCCCAAUAUCAGGAAUGGGUGGUAUUGGCAAAACAACACUCGCUAGGAAAACUCAUGAUCAUCUGCCAAUCAGGUAUCAUUUUGAUCUUCGUGUUUGGGUUACAAUAUCUCAAGAACAUCGACGUCGAAAUGUAUUAUUAGAUGCUUUACAUUGCAUUUCAAAGCAAGCAGAUAUUUUCAUUGGAAAAGAUUAUGAUAAGAAGGAUAGCAGUCAGUUAGUCGACCUGCAGGUGCAAAAGAACCUAAAGGGUGGAAGAUACCUUGUUGUUGUUUAUGAUAUUUGGAGUACGGAUGUUUGGGAUGAAAUAAGACAAAUAUUUGGAGUCGAAUUUUAUUGA